AUGGUGGCUGGCAUUGAGCUGCUGGUGGCUGCCGCCCUCUGCGCCACCUGUCCACCGCUGAACGAAUCCUUGCCACCGAACCUGAUCCAGCUGGGAGAUGACAACGGCCUGUCCACCGAACUGCCCAUUGAUAUGGAUGCCUCGGACGCCGGCCUGAACGGGGAUGCCCCCGCGGAGACCCUGGAGACCAUUAUUGCAAAGAAGCUGAAGCUGCGCGAGAUGCGCGAGUGGAUUGGAGGCAAGCAUCUGCGGAUCGCCACGCUCGAGGAUUAUCCGCUCAGCUAUACAGAGCUGCUGGAGAACGGCACCCGCAUCGGCCACGGAGUGUCCUUUCAGAUCAUUGAUUUUCUCAAAAAGAAGUUCAACUUCACGUACGAGGUGUUUGUUCCCCAGGAUAACAUCAUUGGCUCACCCACCGACUAUGAUCGCAGCCUUAUCGAGAUGGUCAACAGCAGUGUCGUGGAUCUGGCUGCAGCUUUCAUACCGUCACUUUCCGACCAAAGGAGCUUUGUUUACUACUCAACCACGACGCUGGACGAGGGCGAGUGGAUAAUGGUGAUGCAGCGGCCGCGGGAAUCGGCCAGCGGAUCAGGUCUGCUGGCGCCGUUCGAGUUCUGGGUCUGGAUAUUGAUCCUCGUGUCCCUCCUGGCCGUUGGGCCCAUCAUCUACGUGCUGAUCAUCCUGCGGAACCGCCUAACCGGCGACCGUGAGCAGCUACCGUACUCCCUGGGCCACUGUGCUUGGUUCGUUUACGGGGCGCUGAUGAAGCAGGGCAGCACCCUGUCCCCCAUCGCCGACUCGACCCGGCUGCUUUUUGCCACUUGGUGGAUUUUCAUCACGAUACUGACGUCCUUCUACACGGCCAACCUGACCGCCUUUCUCACCCUCUCGAGAUUCACGUUGCCCUACAACACGGUCAACGACAUCCUGACCAAGAACAAGCACUUUGUCUCCAUGCGAGGCGGUGGUGUGGAGUACGCCAUUCGAGCGACUAACGAGUCUCUAUCCAUGCUGAAUCGGAUGAUUCAAAACAACUAUGCCGUAUUCUCGGACGAGCCCAAUGACACAUACAACCUGCAGAACUAUGUGGAACGAAAUGGUUAUGUAUUUGUGCGGGAUCGGCCGGCGAUCAACAUAAUGCUGUACCAGGACUAUCUGUACCGAAAGACUAUAAGCUUCAGCGACGAGAAGAUUCACUGUCCAUUUGCCAUGGCCAAGGAGCCGUUCCAAAAGAAACGCACUUUCGCCUAUCCCAUUGGCUCCAACCUAAGCCAGCUCUUUGACCCGGAGCUACUCAACCUGGUGGAGUCGGGCAUUGUGAAGCAUCUCUCGUCUAGAGACCUGCCAAGUGCUGAGAUCUGUCCACAGGACCUCGGCGGCACCGAACGACAGCUGAGGAACGGCGACCUGAUGAUGACCUACUACAUCAUGUUGGCCGGCUUCGCCACCGCGCUGGCCGUCUUCAGCACGGAGCUGGUGUUCCGCUACAUCAACAGCCGCCAGGAGGCGAAUAAAUGGGCGCGUCACGGGAUCGGCCGCUCGCCCAACGGUCAGUCAGUGGCCCCCUCCCGCUGGCUUCGGGGCUGGCACCGGUUGGACAGCGGUCACAAGCGGCUCCUUGGUGCACCCACCCAUGGUCAGAAUGUCACCCCACCGCCACCGUACCAGAGCAUUUUCAAUGGGGCUCUCCACGGGGAAGCAUUGAACCGUUGGCGGCGACCCCUAGGGAAUGGCAGCGGGAUCGGGAAUGGCGUCCUUCUUGGCAACGAUUCUGAGGGCGGCGUCAGGCGAUUGAUCAACGGGCGCGACUACAUGGUAUUCCGGAGUCCAAACGGCCAGAGUCAGUUGGUACCGGUGCGAUCCCCCUCGGCGGCGCUCUUUCAGUACACUUACACGGAGUAG